AUGGCCAUUCGAAGAUUUGCUUCCACUCUCCUAGCACUUGCUGCUUGUGCUAAUGCUAAAUGGAUUGUUCCUGGCGCACGAUGGCAUGAUACCGACGGCAACAUCUUCAAUGCUCAUGCCGGAGGACUUUGCGUUGAUCAGGAAACUGGCAAGUUCUACUGGUUUGGGGAGUACAAAGUCGAGGGUCAAGUUGAAGGUGGUGGGAUCUCCGUCUAUAGCUCCGACGAUCUUGCUACUUGGGAGUCGCAUGGGCUCGCUCUCAAGCCCAUUGAAAACCAUACUUAUAUCUCACCGCAUAAUCGCAUCCAGCGUCCGAAGGUGUUAUACAGCGAAGAGACCGGUCAAUAUCAUAUGUGGUGGCACGCUGAUGAUGACAAGUACUCUUGGCUCCUCCAAGGUCUUGCAACAUCCGACAAUAUUGCUGGCCCUUAUACCUUCGUGGAUGCUACCUCUCCCUUGGGUAAUUGGUCCCAGGACUUUGGCGCGUUUACGGAUUACAAAUCUGGUCACUCGUAUGCCCUCUAUUCGAACGGCGAUAGCGUUGAGGGCCGCGACGUCUAUCUCAGCAAAUUCAAUAGCAACCUCACAGCUGUUGAGGAGGUUACUUACCGAUUUCCCAAGUAUGACUUUGAGGCACCUACUAUCCUGCAAACAGAGAAUAGUUACUAUGCGCUUAUGAGCCACAAGACUGGGUAUCGGCCUAAUAAUGUGGUAGCAUUCCGCGCUGACAAGCUUGAGGGCCCCUGGUCUCAGCCCUUCUUCGUUUCCCUGGCAUAUACCCGUACAUUCAGUACGCAGUCUGGGUUCUCUUGGAGAAUCGAGGGGACUAAGAAGACUACUUUCUUGUAUAUGGCCGACCAGUGGGACAUGAACUCGCUGUGGGAGAGCCGGAAUGUAUGGCUUCCUAUUGAAAUCGAUAAUCGCGAAGGUAGCUUGAAGGUUGUCUGGCAUGAUGUUUACGAUCUGAACAUCAAAACCGGUGAAUGGAAGCCCAUCAAGGGAGAGACAUACAUCUCCAAACACGCAAGGACCGCUGGAGAUGCGUACCUACAAGAGGCGACAUUCGCUAGCGGAAACCGAAUCGCUACCGGCAUUUACGGUAAUGACAGCACAAUCACCUUCACUGUGCAAGGCCAAGGCCAAGACCAAUGGGUAUCGUUCUACCACCAAAACAUUGACGACAUGGGUUUCGGUGAUCAACCAAUGGGCCAGCCUGACCGCAUAAACGGCACCUGGCAACUCCGGCGGAUCAGCAGCGUGGUAGUUAAUGGUGACACAGAGAACGUACACACGUUAUACCAGAAAGAUACGCAUAAGGGUAUUAUUCUCUCCACCCCGCUGUUAUUGCCAUUGAAGAACGGGGAGAAUACAAUUACGGUUGGCGGGUUGUGGAAUGGGUUUGAUUUCAAGGGCGCAGAUUUGGAUCGGAUCGUGGUUUAUCCCCCAGAAGGGGCGAAGAAGAGGUGGUUCUGGUAA